AUUACACAUCGUUAUAAAACCAUUAAUAAAAAAUAGACUCAAUAAAUUCUUUAUCACGUUGAAGGGUAACUCUUUUAAAAUUUCUUCGCAAAUUGGGCGCUUGUCAAAAGUUAGAACCGGAUUGCCGUAUAGGUGAUUUUGGAAAUUUUUUGAACGGUUUCGCUAAUUUAAAGUCCACGCGUGCUUCGAUGGUCCUGAAUAUUGAAUGAAUGCAAUUUGUCUUGAAAGAUUGUGAAAUACUGCAUUUUGUACGAGGUCUGUAUGAUAAAAACAGCGCCUCAUAGUACUCUUUUUCCUCAGAUGUGGUCUAUAAAAAAUAAUAAAAGAUUGGUUUGCAACAAUUUGUAAACUUGUGGAACGAAAAAAUUCGGUUUGAUUUGUUUUCCAAGAAUUUGUUUUCCACGCCUUAUCUACUGUGAUCAAGAGCCAUUAUUGCUCUUAAAUGUGACCGAAGACUAUUUUUUGGGUGUACAUAUAGGGCUAUAUCAACUCGAUAAAAGAUUGAUUUGUUUCACUCCAAAAUCACUUAGCUUUUCCCUCAAAAGUCACAUGAAUAAUUUGAUGUCAUUAUGAAGUCAUGUUGUUGAAUUUAUUGGCAAAAUCCAAUUCCAUAAUUUUUCCCUCGAAGCGAAAAAUACUCGAAUAGCAAGGUGUCUGACAAAAUCAAGAAGUUGUCAAACGCAUAAAAUAAGACGGAAUUCACCAGGAAAUUGAGUAAUUUUAAUUCUCAGUGGACAAAAACCUUGUACCAGAAUAAUUUAAAGAAUAUUGCAGUCUUUUUUACAUUUUCUAAGGCCUAAUCAUCAUCAUCAUCAUCAUUUAUUAGCCGUUGUGUUACAAACCUUACAGGAUUCAGCAGGUUGUUAGGCGAGGAGACCUCAAGAAACCACCAGGCUUAUAGGAGAGGCCCCCUCGACAUCACAAUUUUAUAAGAAAUAAGGCUGCGAAGAAGUGCGGCUAAACUAAUUCUGAUCAGUAACUAUUUUAAUAAAAACUCUAGCACUUUGUUUUUAAAGAUAGAAAAGCUUGACAGGUUUGUAACAGAUACAGGAAGGCUUUGCAGUUGUGCAAUUGAAUCUCCGAUCUUUCCGACUCGGGAUGACAGCAAAUUUAGGCCCCGGGGGCGGGGGGCACUUCCUUAUAAGAGGCUAAUGGGGAUGUGCCGCUGGAUGGGAUCGCAUUUUCACUACUGGACUGACUAUAAUGGGGUCGCAUUUUCAAUAGAGUUCACUAGAAUGGGUUCGCACAUUUUCGGAUUUUUGGGGUAAGAAAGUUGUCCAUAUUUACGGUUAGCAAACGUACCAGAAUAUUUGCACUGUAGGUGAAAACUAAAGAUGGGGUUUACAAUCGGCCACAAAAUAGACUAUAAUGGGGUAGGGGCUCUGAGAGGCCAGCGGCACAUACCCAGCAAAAAUUAACCCAGGUAACCCCCCCGGGAUUUAGGCAUGACCAGAGCUGUUUAAAGCUAUUCACAGAUUCUGCUCGUAGAUCAUCGUAUGAUUUUCCAUAAAAUUCCAAGGUGCUUAGGGACUCAGCGUCCGUAAUCAAACGAGUAGGUUGUUCGGCGCCAUUACAGGCGGUUUGUGGAUCUUGUCGUUUUAUGGACUGCUGCAGCUCUUCCAAAUUUCGCUUAGCGGCGGCGAUUUCAUCCUUGAGGCUAUCAUUUUCCCUUUUUAAAGAGCUUAAUGUCACAUUAGGCAUGGCUGAAUAGUGUAUUUGAAGCAGUUGGUCAAGAACUAAGGCGGAGCACUUAACGAUGCGUCCGCAAGGCCUCGCGAGCUAAUCCAAAGAUGUAAUUAUAGUUAUCUGUAAUAACACCAAAGAAAAGUUCUCAUGGAAGUCCGAGAAAACACAGGAAAAAUUCUGAAAAGUUCAUGUCAAAAGAUGUAAUUUUGUGAAAUUUGACAUUCAUUUUCUUGGGCUCCCAUGAGAAACUUUCUUUGGGGUUACUACAGAUGAUUUAUUACAUCUUUAGCCCGUGAAAAAUGUAAUAUUCUUGAAAUUAUUCUGGUACAAGACUUUUGUCCACUGAAAAUUAAAAUUAGUCAAUUUCCUGAUGGAUUCCGUCUUAAUUAUCUUAAACAAUGACGUCAUUCAUUGUUAAAGAAGGAUCUGGAACGUUUUCGUGGCCUACCCACAGAUGUCAAGUUUACAAUCAACUGUGCAUUUCGUGAUCCAUAGGCUGGCUUUUCAGAUUCUGCCGCGUAUUUACUUCUCCUGUGGCAGGGUGGCGGGAAAUUUCGGCGUUAAAAAAACUCAUAAGAAUGUUUGGGCCUUCAAGUAGUGUCGUGCUUGAAUUACGGCGAAAAAUCUCAAAUCAAAAAUGGGCAAAUGCUUUGCUGGUACUGCGUUAUAUAGGUCUUGGAUGCUUUAUCAUCAUGGACAUAUUUUGCGAAACAAGUAGCAUACUUCAAAGCUCUAGGCAGAGACACCUCAACAUUUAGCUAGAGAGAAAACAAUUGUGGCAAAAAAGGGCGAAAAAUGCCUUGUUACAACUUACAUAGAAGAUGGAACUUGAGCAUAAACGUUCGAGACCGAGAUCUUUUGUUAGUAUCAUUGUACUUAAGAUUUCAGUUCUUUUCGUAUUUGCAUUUUUUUACUUUUUGUCAUCUUAGCUGGCCGUGGGCCACACUUUGCGAUGUCGCAUCUUCUGAUUAUUAUGAAUCUAUUUUGUUUAAUUUCAUGUCGGUUCUAGCGCAUUCGAAAUUUCCACAAAAAAUUAGCGGUCAUUUUGGCACAAUGACAUGGGCAAAUGAUAUGCAAUAGUGCGACACUAACAUAAAUAAUAAUAACGAUGAAGAUGAUGAUUGUGGCACCGUGCUGUGCUCGAUGUUUGUGUUUUUGGUUCUAUGAAAUAUUAGUAUAGCGCUUAUUCAUGGCAAUAAACACUAAAAUCUCGUAAUAUCUCUGGUCAUAUCCUCGCAGGUAAUGAAACCCGGAUUUCUUCGUUGACCGAAACUUUCAAACUAUUUUGCUUACACAGUUAAGGACACCUUACUUUUAUGGAAAACCCGAUAAUACGGACCAAAACAAAUUCCCUUCUCUCCGGACUCUCGCUGUUAUGCGAGGCCGUCCACGUAAGAAGAGUUUUACUUCCUACAAAGAUCUUGAAGUCGGAAGGCCGCAGUUGAUGUGAACACUUUCCUCCGCCCCAAUUUGAGAAACUGGUACUGAAAAACGUUUAGUGCAAUGUUAUCACAUAACUAUUACUACAUGUAUUCUUGUUGUUGUUUAUGUUGCUGUUGUUGUUGAUGAUGAUACUUCAGGGUUUACUUGUCCACCGACCAUCCAUUUCAAGUUUAUUACAAAGUGCGACAGCUUAUUUUACUAAAAGUGCAGUGGUGUGUUCCUAUAAAGUGCGACAAGUGUUAUUACAAAGUGCGAUAGGUAUUAAAAAGUGCCACAAUUUUAUUACAAAGUGCCAUAGAACAGAGUCUGUUGCUUUAAAGCCCUUAGUGUGGUAUUGCAUCAUACCUACAACAGUGACAAUUUGACACUUUACUACCCCUCCCUUGGGAGAAAUCCUUGUUAACUCCCAGACUAUGGGAGCCACGUGACCAACUGUAACUGAGGUCCUUUCUCGAAGAAGAGAGGGAUAAAACCCUAGGACCAAGGUUGCCUCAUAAACACUCGGUGCCACAUUUGUGGUAUCACUGAAAACAGUUUUUCAUAACUGUGGUGUAAAGGUAACGAUCCAAAAGAUGGUCAUUUGUGGCCUCCUCCUCCUCCUGGCCUAGUUCCUAUUUAACUGUCAGUUUAAAACGAUUUCUUUAAGGGGUCAAGUAAAGUUUGAACCAUGCAAAGAUUGGUCUCAUUUAGUGUUUAGGGGUUUAAUUUCAACCCUCUGAAAGGGAACCGGACUGCAAUCCCAUAGGAGGUUCUAGCUCCCCAAGAUUGAAAUCAAGUAUCAAGCCUCAAUCGAUAGAGUGCAUAAAAACUAACAUCGAUUUACUUGGACAAUAAGUUUAUCGCGGGUCAUCAAAGUCUGUCAUGGUCACUUAACCCUUAUUCAGACCAUGCUUUGCUUUGCUUCCUAGGACAGGGGGAGACUCGGAGGCCUAUCUAAUUUCACAGAAUAAUUUUCUCAUCAUUUCCAACAUCUAGGUAUAAUUUGAUUGACGCACUGUCGUAAUGUGACGACGUUAUGACGACAUAAUUUGUUGAAAAUUAAUUUGUUGGAAAUUAUUAUCAUUUCUAAAUUGACCUGGUUCGCAACGUUACGAUCGAUCCAGGCCUAUUUUAGAAAAAUUUUUGUGGCGUCAUCACUUCUCUUCUCUAUUCUGCAUGCAUUCCAUUUCGCUUAAAGCCGUAUGAUUUGAUCUGUACAUGUGUCUAUUUAACAAUUAGUCGCCGAUAUUCACGUGGCCUGAGGCGACUAAUUGUUUUAGUACUAUUACAUUGAUGAUUAUUCGAGAAAAUAAACACCAAUGAAACACCAGGUGAGCUUUCGCGCGAAAACAUGAUAUCUUCACACGUGAAAAUAACAUGUUAUCUUCACUUGUGAAAAGAUCACCGUUACUAUGGCUACAUAAUUAAUCGCGCUUUUCACACCAAAAAACUAUUAAAGUGAAAUGGCUUGGUAUUUCAUUGGUGUUUACAUAAUAAAUAGAACAUUACAUGGCCGCUUGGAGAUGCGAAAUUUCUCUUCUUCGAAGAGAAAUUUCGUAUCUCCGCGCGGCCAUGCGUAUCUCCGCGCGGCCAUGUAAUAUCCUCUAUCUAUUGAUCAAUUUCCGACUCCGAAAGAUAAAAAAAUCUGGCUGCCAUUUUGAAAAACUGCUAGCCUUCAAUGUUAUAAUCACCGCGCGGUGAUUAUAGCGGAAUAAAGCGAAGAUCCUAGCCAACCACAGCGCUCUAUUUUCGAUAAUCAUCAAUGUAAUUAUUCUAAAAAAUAAUAAUACAUUAAGGAUAAGAAAAGCAGAAAGAAAACUUGCAAGAAAACUUUUCUGAGGGUCUCAAUGGGGUUAACCGAUAGGCGUAAAACGGCCAAAAAUUUAGUCGAUAGCCGUAAAAAUUGAAAGUUUUAACCGUUAGCCGUAAAUAGGAUAAAAAAAAGUUAACCGUAAAAGAAAUUGUUCCCUAGAUUUGCUACUUUUAAUGAAGGUACUAAACUCACUUAUGGUUGCGUUUUUUAUUUUCCGGCUAGUGUGACUCCGUACGCACAUUGGGUGAAGCGCCUUUUAAGUGUUGACCAAGACCUAGGCUCCAUUUCCGCCGCUCUCUCGGGAAACUAAUCUUUUGCAUAGCAAAAAUGUGGCUUCUUGCUAAGGAUUAAUAUUUGCGAUUUUCAGGAGGUCGUGCCCUCGAAAUACUAGUGAAACAACACGCAGAGAUGUCACUGUUUGUAAAACACGUUGCCAAUAAACAACAUUUCCCUGUUUUUCUCUGACGCUACGGUAGACAUUGCCAUGCCUAGUCCCUGUACGGCGUCUUCCCACGCAAUCUCGAUCGGUCAAGGCAUUUCGGUGGCGAACUCGCUCGGACCACGUGACCCGAAACGCAUAAGCCGCGCGGAAUAAUGAGGUCUACGGACAAGGCAACGGCAGGCAGUCGUUCCGUACAGUCCUUCCAUAUCAUUAAAAACACUGGACACGGGAAUUUUGUUAUUGGCCCUUUUCACACUAGAGCUAGAAAUGGAUUAUCCGUCUGAGACUCGCCUGUCUACAGUUGCGCCCUCCCCACAGAAACCCCUUCUCCGACUUUUUCUGAGGGGAGGAGGUGGCUGUACACAGGCUAUCUGGAACGGAUAAUCCCGUCUGCAAAAGUCAGGCGGAUUGCUCCUUCAAAAUUAAAACUAUUCCAUUUUCCAAUUAAGACGUAUUACCUAUCUGACACGGCGAAUCAUCAAACGGAUAACCCGUCUCACACGUAUAAUCCGUCUCUAGUGUGAAAACGGUCAUUUCUGUUAUAAUGAAUGUCGCGCUCGGGUCUUGAGUUGGGCGUUUGCGUGUCUGCUUUUGCUUUUUCACAAAGAUUAUUUUUAAACUGACUAUUGACAUUUCUAUGGGUAAAAUAAUAUGAGAAGUGGAAUACUUUAAAAAAAGUAUGAUCUAUCAAAUGUUAAAAUCUUUCAAAAGAAUAUAGCUUAUUUCAUCCCGAGAUGAUCCGAAGACCUUUAUUUUGAUUUAAAGAUACAAAAAAUACAGGUUAAUUAAUAUUUAACUUUUUGAAACAAAAGAAGUUAAUUUUUAACUUUUUUGUUAACCGUAACUGAAAAAAAUUAACCGACAGCCGUAAAAGAGCCAAACUUUUAGCCGAUAACCGUAAAAGUCACCACCCCAUUGAGACCCUCUUUUCUUGCUGAGCUUGCACUGGUGCAAUUUUAAGUGUUAUAAAAAUUCGUGCUCCUUUUUUGCUACCAUUGAAGAUGGUAAUUUAGUGGCGAAUCUGGAGUGACCUGGGUCGGAGCCAAUUUUUUAGAGGCCCGCAGGGCUGACAAAGUUAUUUUAGAUUUUAGAGAGUAUUAGACAAGUCGCAAGGUACUUUUUAACAACACCCACCCACCCCCCCACCCCACUUCCCCGGCACUUGCUUAACGGUCUGAAGACGUCAUUGCAUUGUCAUUGGGAUGGAACAACAUUAUUACAUGGUUCGUUCACUUUUGUUUUAGCUUCUUCUCGCUUUACAAGCGUCCUAAAUGCAACGGAAGGUGAAACCUUUGAGAUUGGCACCCCAAAAGUUAAUGAAUCAAAAAAGUACCCUGCGAGUUUCGAAUGGGGAUGGUACUUAAUUGUUCCUGAAGGACGGCAGGUAGAGCUUACCUUUGAAAUAUUCGAACUGGAGCAAAGCACAGACUGUGAGAACGACUAUCUGGAGGUGAGAGAAGCCAUCUUUCGAUACCCUUACUUACCUCUCGUAAGUUUUGAUGGAAGGUAUGGUUCAAUUCUCUCCAAACCCGUAUGUGGUACCAACAAGCCUAGUACGAUUAAGAGCUCGGGUAAUAUGGUCUGGGUACAUUUCAAGAGUGACAGUAACACCACUACUACUUACAGAGGAUUCAAAGCCUCUUUCAAAGCAGGUGUGUAUAUGAACAUAAGUAGCUAUAAGGCGUUACUUAUGUAU